UCAAGUUACAUGCAUGGAGCUACAGCUCCAAGUACUGGUUCGUUCGCCUUUUCACCUUUCGUACAGCAGCCGCAGUCGCAGCAGUUUCAGCAUCCUUUUUAUAUCUUCGGACGUUCCCCUGCUCAACAACAACAGCAGCAGUAUCAGCAACCACAGCCAGUACAGCAACAGCAACAACAACAACAGCAACAACAACAACAACAACAACAACAACAACAACAACAACAACAACAACAACAACAACAACAACAACAACAACAACAACAACAACAACAACAACAACAACAACAACAACAACAACAACAACAACAACAACAACAACAACAACAACAACAACAACAACAACAACAACAACAACAACAACAACAACAACAACAGCCAAGCAUCGUUUUCCAGCCUCCAAAUUUACUUAAUAAUACACAGAUCAAGACAACCGUACCUUUCAAUGGUAUAGGAUUUUGGGCAUCCUGACCAAUCAGGGCAAGCCUCCAAAAAACCGUGUAGCACUCA